GGAAGCCACAAAACCACAGUAAGUAAAUUAAGAGGCUGGAGCAGGAACAUGUAUAAUGAAGCCAUGGGCGGGGGAAGGAAUUUGUGGUCUCUGGAGAGCUUUUUAUACUGUACCUUAAUGAAUUGAUUUCCUGUCUUUAAGACUUUCUCAUUUCAUCAUUCUCCAUGACUUCAUCCCCUCCCGUAUUCCUCACCUCUUUAAACAACUUUUUUAAGGUAUAGCCCUCGCUUCAGCAUCCCAGGUCGGGUCUAUUGACCUAUCCUUUUUCCCUAACUGGUCUCGCCCCUUGUUCUCCUUUCCCUGAAUCCACAGGUGAAGAUGCCUGCUAACGGGAACCGCCCCUUGAAGUUGCAGUUUGGUCUAAUCAACCAUGAGGGUCGCUACCUCACUGCUGAGGCCUUUGGCUUCAAGGUGAAUGCGUCAGCUCCGAGCUUGAAGAAGAAGCAGAUAUGGACCCUAGAGCAGGACUCCCAGGUGGUCUACUUGCGUAGCCACCUGGGACGCUACCUGGCCUCGGACAAGGACGGCAAAGUCACCUGUGAGGCUGAUGGACAAAAUUCUGACUGCCGAUUUCUCAUCGUGGCUCAAUCAGAUGGUCGUUGGGCCCUGCAGUCUGAGCAGCACCUCCGCUUCUUUGGUGGCUCUCGGGACUACCUGUCCUGCUUUGCCCAGGUAAUCACAGAUGCCGAGCUGUGGGCAGUGCACCUGGCUCUGCACCCGCAGGCCAACCUGCUGUCUGUGGCCCGCAAGCGUUACGCCCACCUCUCCAUGGAGGACGGGGAAAUCGCUGUGGAUAUGAACAUUCCCUGGGGUGUGGCAGCGCUCCUGACACUUGUCUACCUGGAUGGGAAGUACUGCCUUAAGACCUGCGACAGCCGCUUCCUCAGCAAUGAUGGGAAGCUCUUGAUGCAGAGUAGCCGGGCCACAGCGUACACGCUGGAGCUGAAGUGUGGGAAGCUGGCCUUUAAAGACUGUGAGGGGAAGUAUUUGUGUCCCAUGGGGCCUACUGGCACCCUCAGGUCUGGACGGUGCUCCAAGCCGGGCAAAGAUGAACUGUUUGACCUAGAGGAGAGCCACCCACAGGUGGUUCUGAUGGCCGUCAACGGGCGAUAUGUCUCCAUAAGACAGGGAGUAAGCCUUGCGGCCAAUCAGGAAGAUGAGACGGACAUGGAGACGUUUCAGAUGGAGAUCGACAAGGAAACCAGAAAGUGUACGUUGCGCACUAGCCAAGGGAACUACUGGGAUCUGGUGGCCCACGGAGGCAUCCAGAUUACAGCCUCUGAAGUGUCAGCAAACACCAUGUUUUCAGUGGAGUGGCUUGGCCACAAGGUGGCACUAAAGGCUAACAAUGGAAAAUACAUCUGCACCAAGAAGAAUGGCCAACUACUGGCUGUCAGUGACUCCAUAGGCGAGGACGAACAGCUCACUUUGAAGCUGAUCAACCGACCCAUGCUGAUCCUGAGAGGAGAGAAUGGAUUCAUCUGCCACCACAAGAACUCCAACUUGCUGGACGGCAGCAGAUCGGUCUACGACAUUUUCACCCUGCAAUUCAGUAAUGGGGCGUACCACAUCAAAGGCGUGGACGGUCGCUUCUGGUACGUGAACGGCGCCGGACUGGUGUGCUCGGACGGCGAGGCCCCUGAGGAUUUCACCCUGGAGCUCCUGGAGCACGGUCGCCUCGCCAUCCGUGACAAGAAGGGCAGAUACCUGCGUGGAGACCAGGGAGGCACGCUGAAGGGAGAUGGACUCGGCCUGAGCAGCUCGGCCCUGUGGGAGUAUUAGCACAAGCCAGUAUUAGUCGGAACGCUGACUCCUCUCAUCACAACGGAUGUUUUUUAUCUGGAGGUGAAAGACAGCCACUCAUCAGAGACCAGUUACAGCCUGUCCUGACUUCAUCCCACUUUUCUUCACCUCCUUGUCACAAAGAGGUCACAGCAGAUAAUUGCUUCAUACGACAGAAGAAAGUGCGAGACGAACUGACGGUAUACCAAGAUAAGUCUCGAGUGAACAGCAGAAAGUUAGUGUGAAUGAGCAUUCAAGUUUUUUGUGGUUUUUUUUCUUCAAUAAUGACGUGUAGAUCCCUCAAUGUCCUUGAACCCCUCAGAUGCAAACCCCAUCUUUUCUUGGCAUCAUCUUUCUCCUCUUCUACCACUCGUGACAGCUAUUACGCGAGUGACGGCAAGGCAACAAAGUGGUAAUACAGGUGUGUGAUGAUGACACUCCUCCAGUCUCAGGUGCCACUUGAGACGGACAUGGUCACCAUUACAAGUAAGGUCACCUUUUUAGAAGUGAUGAGCAUGUCUGAGGAUGUUCCUUAGGAGAGAAGAACGAGUGGGUUUCUAGACUGUAACCAACACUCAUGUUUAUGGUAUAGCAUUAUUAAUAGGAAGCCACUGG